AUGCUUUUGGAUCAGAAUGCUUUUGCUAAAUUGAUUCAUUGGUUUAAAAUAUGCGUGUCAAGGAAGAUUUCACGAAAGUUUCAUUCGGCCAAAAGGAGAAAGGCAUUAGUGAUGACGCUGAGUAAAAUAAAAUACGUAAUAAUUUUAUACACCAUUUAUUCUGUACAAUCACAAAGGCCACCUUUUGCCGGAAACAGUAAAUCCUAUCCGGGCGUUCUUCCACAAUAUUUGGAAGAACAGAAAGCAAUUAAUAAUAUUAAUAGAACAAUUGCAAGUCGACUUGAUACGAGCAGUAGCGAUUCAAUAGCAUUAGGAGCAGCUCCUGUUAUUACAACUUCGACAUCAACGAUUCCACCAGAUUUGCCAGUGGAUGCUUUGGGAAAUGUUGACUUAGUAAAUCGGAUUAAAACUUGGCCAAGAGAAAAACAACCGUUCUGGUAUAUCAAUUGGAGACAGAUUCAAGAACAUCGUGGUGAUUCAAAAAAUAGAGCUCAAUUAGUUCAAACGGAACCGAAUCAGAGAUCAUUUUUUGCGGGAUAAAAAAAAGUUUGAAAUUUUGUUAUUCUAUAUUUAAUUCAAAUCGACAAACGCUACCAUUAACUUGUUUUGCUAGUCAAAUUGAAAACUUUUUUGCGUAGAUUUAAUCGAUCACUGAUAUAGUUACUUUAUCUAUAUAAAAUUUAAUAUCGAAUGAUACGAUGAUUACGAUCAUUAAAAUAAAAAUACGAAAACUUCAAA